AUGGUAUUCAAAUGCCAAGAGGACAGUUUUUUAAAAGAAUUUACUGCUAAAGUUAUAUCAUGCGAGGAAGUUUCAAAGAAUAUUAUAAUAAACGGCAAAAAGACUAAUUUCAAUGGGUUCGAGGUUGUUCUAGAAAAUACUAUUCUUUUUCCUGAAGGUGGUGGACAGCCCUCAGAUACAGGAUAUUUGAAUCAGAGCAAGGUCUGCUAUGUUGCUAGAAAAGGCGAUAUUGCAAUCCACUAUGUCGAUGAGCCAUUGAAGGUUGGCGAAAAUGUUACACAGAAGAUUGACUGGAAUAAGCGAGAAGAUCAUAUGCAACAGCACUCUGGGCAACACUUAAUUAGUGCCAUUUUCGAAAGAAAAUACGGAUUACAAACCGUUUCAUGGUGGUUAGGAGAGGAAACUUCCUAUAUUGAAUUAGAUACCCCUUCUGUGUCGGAUGAGCUGCUUAUUGCAGUUGAGAAUGAAGUUAACGAGCUCAUUCAGCAAGCAAGAAAAGUUGAUGUGAUUGUAUAUAAUAAAGAUACUCCUGCAGAGGUUUUGCAAGAGGCUAAAAGUAAUAGGGGGCUUCCAGACGACCACGUGGGAGAUAUCCGAGUGAUAAGUAUUGAUGGAAUAGAUAAUAACAUGUGCUGUGGAACUCAUGUUAAUAACUUAAGUCAAUUGCAAGCAAUAAAACUUCUCAACUCGGAAAAAAGUAAACGAUUAAAUAAAACGUUUGUUCAUUUUUUAUGUGGUAAAAGAGUCCUGAAAAGACUUGACGACUGUCUUAAAAGGGAGCAAAAAUUGACUGUGUUAUUGAAGAAUAACCCGGUACAACAUCCUGAACUAGUGGAGAAAUUACUAAAAAACAUAAAGAAUGUUUCGAAAAAUCUAUCCACUGUACUAAAAGAUUUAGCAAUACACGAGGUAAUGAAAUUAAAAAAUGCAGAUCCCACUCCUAAAUACUACAGUCUACAUCGUAAGGAAGCCGAGCCCGAUUUCAUGAACGUUUUCAUUCAAGAAUAUGGAAAAACUGAUGUGCUACUCUUCCUUUCUACUGGAGAAGAGAAAGGUGUUGGGAAUAUAGUUUUAUAUGGGCCAGAAGAUGACGUUCAAAAAUUGGGUCCCAGAAUUUGUUCGCUAAUGGAUGGUAAAGGAGCUGGCAAGGGAAACAAAUUUCAAGCAAAAGUGACCAAAAUGGAGAAUCGAUCUAAAGCCGAACAAGUUGUAAAGGAACAUUUUUCUUGAAAUGAAAUGUAGUUUCGCAGAGAAUUGUGCAAAAUAUUUAAAAUC